AUGUGGAGUCGACGAGCGGGGAGUCAAAGGGAGGAUAUGCACUCACCUCAUCCCGAGCUCUGCCAGGGCUUGUCCAUCCUUUUCCGAGCGCAAAAUCUUUACGAUUUCACGAUUGGGUUUGCGAAGGCCACAUCUGACCUUAUGUCCGAGAAUCGCGCGAGAGGACUUGCUUCCUACACCAUCCGCAGCGACCACCACAUCAGCUUCCAGUUGCUGGCUUUCGAGAAUGACCCCGGUCUUGCCACUGCCGCCGUCUUCGGAAUAAUGCACCAGCUACUCGGAGUAUUUCACAGAUAUACCAGCCCUCUCUGUCUGGUAGACUAG